CCGGAUCAUGUAGUCCUUAGACAGACAAUCAGUCAGUUCGGUGGGUAGGUCUAAGUGGUGAGGAGUGGGACAGUCAUUGUCGUGCACCCAGCACCAUGGAUGAUUACCCUAUGUAUGGCUUGCUCAUGGGGUUCUCCCUCUGGGGGACCCUUUGGCGUCUUCUUUUUCCGCUAGGCUUCUGGAAUGGCUUCACGUGUAGAGUUGACACGAGGGGGGGGUGCUAGUACCACUCCCUACACGAAGGAGCAGGAGGAGGAGGCCGCCAGGAUUCUGGUCGGGCAAAAGGCCAGGAAGGAGAAGAGGGAAGUGGUGAAGCAGGCCAAAAAGUUGGCCUUACUGGACGAGCAAGGCGCCAAAAAGAAGUUGGAGCAGUUGGAGAAGUUGAAAAGAGAGGAAGAAGAAAAGUUGAAAGCAGUGGAAGCAGCAGAAGAAGAAAAAGAUGAAGAAGAAGAAGAAGAAGAGAAAAAGGUGGAAGAAGAAGUGCCUCUGAUCAGAAGAAGUACCAAGGAAAGAGGAGAUGCAAGUGGUACAAAGGAGGACCCCUGGUUAGAGAAAAAGGUCUCUGAAUGGGUUGCUAAUUUGUCCCUGGGAGAAGAGGAGGCGGCGAUGUUUUAUGCCUCCAGGGCAGAACAGGAGGCGGUCAUACAAGAGUUGGAAGCCGAAGAAGAUACUCUCAAGCGUCGGACGAUAGAAGAGGAGAAGAAGUUAGAACGGAAGUUAAGUCUGACUAGGGAAAAGAAGAAGAGGAUGGAGGAGGCAAGCAAGGCCUCGAAAGAAUUGGAGGCGGUAAAACAACAGAGGUCACAGAUGGAGGCGCAAGGCGAUUGGCAGGGGAAGAUGGACGUAAUGGCUAGGAACAUAGAACUUCUAGCAAGGGCCCACGAAGAGCAAUAUCAGUUUGCAAGGGGCCAGGAUGUAGCUUUGCGAUCCAUACACCUAGGUUUCAGGGAGUUUGCACAGGAAAUGAUGAUGCACGUGGGCACGAAAGUAAAGGCCCGGAUGGCGAGCACAGAGCGAUCCUACACUGAGAACUUUGACAACUGGGAGGCGAACGUUAACUCUUAUGUUCACCUCUUGAAGAUCGUACCUGAGGAGCAGCUCCUAAUUGUCUUCCACGCUCUCAAGGACGAAGCAGCAAGCUUCGCCAGGUCGCUCGCCCGUGCUGCUAAGUGUGAUAAUGAUAUGGUAGCCUACUCGGCAAUCACCCCUCUGAACGGAUUCCGUAAGCUGCUGCGCGAGAGAUCUGCUGAUGUCACUAGCGGGAUUAGAGCCUUUGGAGUAAUGAAUGAGUUGGUAGUUGUCCCUGACCAUGGGAUCACUGAGACCCAACUGGUCAAUCUUUUCUAUCGUGCCAUGCCCGAGCCGUUGCGCGGGCUCUUCUUCGAGAAGAGCAAGGAGCAGGCCAUGACCUACGAUACCUUGAGUAGGGAAGUGGUAUCUUUUGAGGCGCAGCCCAUGCCAAUUUCCACUUUCUGGCACAAGGACCUUGACAAGGGCAAAAAGUGGAAGGACCAUACCAACUCUAGCCAAGUCAAGGCCAAGGAUCACUUGAUCCUGAUGUUAGAUGAAGGUGGUAUGGAGAAGGUCCCAUAUAAUCAGAUAGAGUGGGGCCUUGAGGAGGAGGAUAGUGACGAUAGUCAGGGGAGGACUUACGCGCUUGUCGCGGCUGGAGGGAGGCCGCAAGGAAGAGGAGGAGGUCGGGGCCAAGGGGGCAGGGCCUCCGGUGGUCGAGGACAGGGCGAUCAAGGGCAAGAUGAUGGCAAUGGGUAUAGACCCGUAGAGUUCAUGUCUGUUAGAAUGCCUUCAGAGAAGGUAGCGACAUCUACCUAUGAGAAGGAACUCUACGCUCUCAGGCAAGCACUAGAUCACUGGAAGCACUACUUGCUUGGGAGGCACUUCAAAGUUUAUUCAGACCACGAGACAUUGAGGUGGUUGAAGACGCAGGCCAAGAUGACACCUAAGCUUACUAGGUGGGCCGCCGAGAUAGAUCAGUUUGACUUUGAGCUCAAGCCAGUGAAAGGAAAGUGUAAUCCGGGGGGGGGGGUCACGGGGAACAUGGCCAGCGAGAGCGGAAGUCGAAGGGAAAUAAUGAAUAGAGGUUGGCAGGAGAUGGGCGAGAGGAGGGGAAGGUCAGGAGUGCACAAAGGAGGAACAGGGAAAAGUGCAGAAGGGGAAAGCGGAAGCACAUCCAAGGUGCUGGCUCAGCAGGAUGGGAAAAAGUUGAGACCGAUUGAGUACAUGAGUAAGAAGAUGUCAUCAAAGAAGUUGGCUAAGUCCACCUACGAAAGGGAACUCUAUGCUCUCUACAAGGCACUUGUCCAUUGGAGACACUUCCUUUUGGGAAGGUUCUUCUAUCUGAGGACUGAUCAUCAGACCCUCAAAUGGAUCAAGACUCAACCGGCUCUUUCUGAUGCACUCAAGCGAUGGAUUGAGGUCAUAGACCAAUACGACUUCAAGCUUGAGUACCUGAAGGGAGAGUACAACAAGGUUGCASACGCGCUAUCCCGUAGAGCAGACUACCUAGGUGCGCUAGUUUCUGACUUUGGCAUAUCUAAUGAAGUAACUCAAUCAUUGGUGGGAGCCUAUCAGGAAGACCCUGUCACGAUGGACAUCAUCCGCAAGCUUCAGGCAAAAGACAAGGCCACAGAAAGUGAGUUUGUGAUGGUGGAUGGGCUAAUCUAUCUUGAUAAGGCCCGAGUAAAGAGAUUGGUAGUUCCAUCUAGUGAACAGUUGCGUAGUUUAUUUUUAGGAAAAUGUCAUGACGCAACUGGGCACUUUGGCUACAAGAAGACGAGUGCAAACUUAGUACAGCGAUUUUGGUGGCCCAGAAUGUUAGAUGACGCAAAGAAGUAUGUUGAGACCUGUCAGGUCUGUCAGCGGGACAAGCCGCGAACUCAAGCACCGCUUGGGUUAUUGAAGCCUUUACCCAUUCCUGAUGGUCCAGGAUUGAGUGUUUCCAUGGAUUUCAUGGACACCCUAGUGACCAGCAAGAGUGGUAAGAGGCACAUUUUCGUCAUCAUUGACAGAUUCACCAAGGACGCUAGACUAAUACCAAUGCCAGAGACAGCCAGGACAGAGUAUGUCAUCAAGUUGUUCAAGGAUAACUGGGUAAGGGACUUUGGUUUACCAAAGACCAUCAUUAGUGACCGAGACGUCCUCUUCACAAGUGAACUGUGGAAGAGGACUGCAGAACAGAUGGGCAGUCAACUUCAAAUGACUUCAGGGAAUCAUCCCGAAGCCAACGGACAAGCCGAACAAAUGAACAGAGUGGUACAGCACUUGCUGCGGCAUUACAUCAAGCCCAGCCAAGAUGAUUGGGAUGAGCAGUUGCCUCUCAUCGCCAGCUUGUACAACAAUGUUAUUCAUAGUAGUACCGGCGUCAGUCCCAACCAGUUGCACUUGGGAUGGAAGCCUAGAUCAGCACUAGACUUCCUCCUACCUGAAAACCGACCUGCUGCAACUCCAGGCACACUUGAAUACGGUGUGCAAUAUGAGAAGUUGCUGCGCGAGGCUGUUGAACAUAUGAAGAAAGCUCAGCAAGCCAUGAUUGCUUCUGAGAAUCAACAUCGCAGACGGUCCACAUUUCAGGUGGGGGAACGUGUCUGGGUCAAGGCUAGUGAGUUAGGACAGGAGUUCGGAAUAUCUCAUAAACUAAUGCCUCAAUACUUUGGUCCCUGGGAAGUCUUGGAUGUAGUGGGAGAUGAAAUGGAUGGUUCUACGUACGUCAUUCGUGUCCCUGGUCAUCUACGCACUCACCCAGUUUUUCAUGCCUCAAAGCUUGCACCUUUCGCUGAGACAGAUCAAUUCCCUUCCAGGAGAUCGAUGCUGCCCCCAACCAUGGAUGGUCAAGUUGACAUCGACGACAUUGUGGAUCAUGCCUGCUCCAAAACCGCUGGGCCGAGGAAGACCUCCCAAGCCCAAGAGAGAGUACCGCGUCAGAUUCAGGCAUCACACGGAUCCAAGAGAAGAUCGUUGGUUUACCAGGGAGGAACUGAUUGACACAGCUCCUCAGGUGGUGGCAGACUAUGAGAAGAAACUAAAAGGGAAGGCGCCUGCGAAGUAAGCAUCUCAGCGGACUUUCGAAGCUAAGGGGGAUGGAAUGUGAGGAUUGAGCCCUCAAGUAGGGGCCUUGCCAUGAUGUACAUGUUCUGGGCUAAGGCCCCAGCAAGCCUAGUGCCCGCCCUAAGUGAAGGCGGGCCAACAAAUUGACAAGAGCCCU